AUGAAGUAUGCGAAUAUCAGUGCAAACGCCUUGCGGCGUUUCUUGAUUGACCCGUCAUCACUUUGCGAUCUCUUUAAGUGGACGACUCUAGUGGUUUGUCAACUUGACCCGGAAACCAAUACAGUUCAUCCAGUGAAGAAUAUUCGCGAGCCCCCACAGGUCAAGAAGAAACCAGGAGUUUGCACUACUGAAGACUGGAAAGGCGUGAAGUUUCCCGAGAUUGGCACAAGAGACAGCUACAGCCUUUCGAAGAUAGACAAACAUUUGGCACCCAAGAGAGAAAGCUCAGUUAAAAAUAUUGCUGCGCAGCACCCAUAUCUAUCCCCCUCCAAAGCAAAACAGGUCGACAAAUGGAUCGCUCGAGAUACCACAACUAAGGACAUUCAACAAGAUGAGCCCAAUAAGCGCGAGCUUAGCCUGCAAUCACGAGCAGGAACACCUACUGUUGUCUCGUCGCAUGAUGAAGAGAGUCUUCGCUCACGCAGGGAGAAGGCAGAAGGCCUGAAAACCCGUCUCACUUUUACGCCGGGUGGGGAGUUAACCAAUGCUCGGCGCAAACCACUUCUCUCGCAGCCUCCAAAGCAAGUCGACCAGAGCAUCGGCAAAAAGUUAGAGCAGAGACCCCCCCUCUGUGUCUACAACUGGUCCAAAAGAAGACUCAGUUCUCAUUUUGGGUGGCCCAAAGCGUUCAUAUGGCUACUUCUUGACUCGUGGACAGCAAGCGAGAGCUAUGGCAGCUGA